UGUCAUCGAUGAAAAACUAUCUGGCAACGUUGCCUGUGAGUUGACAAAAAAUUAAUUUUAUUUAAUUUUAAAUCUUUUUCUAAAAAAAAGAACGGUACAUCAAAUCAAAUGGGCGAAGCAGCUGGCAAUUGGUGUCUCAUAGAGAGUGAUCCAGGUGUUUUUACUGAACUAAUCCGCGAAUUUGGCUGCGAUGGUGCCCAGGUAGAGGAAAUCUGGAGUCUGGAUGGUGAAUCGUUUAAGAAUCUGGAACCCAUUCAUGGUCUGAUAUUCCUCUUUAAAUGGGUUCAGGAAGAUGAACCUGCUGGUAAAGUGGUCCUGGACAAGGAUAAUAUCUUCUUUGCCAAGCAAGUGAUCAGCAAUGCAUGCGCCACCCAGGCGAUAUUAAGUCUGCUAAUGAAUCUCGAGCACGAGGACAUUAAACUGGGUGAAACACUUACCAAUUUCAAAGACUUUUGUCAAUGUUUUGAUCCUUACACAAAGGGACUAACCUUAAGUAAUGCCUCCCAAAUACGCACAGUGCACAAUUCGUUUGCGAGGCAAACUCUCUUCGAAUUGGACAUGAAGAAUCCCCAAAAGGAUGAGGAUGUUUAUCAUUUUGUUGGCUAUAUGCCAAUUGGCGGUCGACUCUAUGAGUUAGAUGGCCUGAGGGAGGGUCCCAUUGAUUUGGGCGAGAUCAAGCCAGAUCAGAAUUGGGUAGAUGUUGUUCGACCCAUUAUUGAGAAACGGAUGCAACGGUACUGCAAUGGCGAAAUCCAUUUCAAUCUAAUGGCCCUCAUUUCGGAUCGGCAGCGUAUUUAUGAACAGCAAAUUGAUAAACUUCUUAAUCCCAGUGAAAAUGCCAUGGAUACCGAGGAAGAUCGUCAGACCGAAAUAAAUAGCUUGCGAUCCUAUAUACAAUAUGAAAUCGAGAAAAAGAAACGAUACAAACUGGAAAAUGUUAGACGCAAACACAACUAUUUGCCCUUCAUAGUCGAAUUGCUGAAAAUGCUCGGUGAGACUGGACAACUGAUGCCCAUUUAUGAGAAGGCCAAACAGCGGGCGCUGGAACGCGAACAGAAGCAAUGCAAAAAGGAUAGCAAUUAAAAAUUGCUUUAAAAAACAAAAACAAAAAAAGUUCAUAAACAUAUACCAUGGCUAUAUAGUUAGGAGAAAAACUGCCUUGUAUUAAAAAAAAAAAAAAAAAAAACUUUUUACUUUUUUUCUACUCGUAAAAUCUCUUUCGCCGUGUUACUCUAUAUAACUAGAAAAACUAUAGAAAAGAAAACGAAAACAAAAAAGAAAAACAGCAUAAUAAAGAUUUUCCCCCCUCUAUAAAAUACGUAUAUUUCAUCCGAUUAUAAGGACGCUCAAGGGAUCGACGAUUUUACGUCCGCAAGACGCUUUAACCGGAAGGAUUCAAAAAAUUCUUGACUAUUUUACAGUUGCCACGUUCAUAAUAGGUUUUAAAAUAAAAACAAU